UGUUCACAAUGGCUUAGUAUGAUUUUUAAAAACAAGAAGCAAGUAUUUUGCAAAUCAAAAUGCAUUGGGUCAUUGGUACCUGGUUAAUCACAUCUCUCUUUGGCCUUGGAACGGGGCAUAAAACUUUAUUUGAAGGAUAUGACCGGACUCUGUCAGGUUAUCAUCUGUGUAAUAUAACUGAGUCUGUGUCAGUGACCCAUGUGAUCUCCUAUCCAACCUCGUACACCCAGAGGAAACCGUGUGGUGGCUGGCUGCCAUGGACAAUGUGUGAUGUCACAGUUUAUAAGACAGAAUACCAAACAGAGGUUUAUGACAUGCCCAAGCAAGUCACGAAAUGUUGCCAUGGCUACGAGCAAGUUGGGAGUUACUGUGCCUUGUCCUUUAACAGAAGUGCAGAAUUCACAUCCAAACCAGGACAGUGUCCCUCAACAACAGGGUCUCUGUGGAAUAAUUCAAACUCUUCUGGCUCUUUGUGCAACUGGGACAUUGAUUGUCCUCAGUGGCAAAAAUGCUGCCUGACCGAAAACACCUCCAGGAUCUUUCAGUGCUCAGACCCAGUACCACCAGUCAACAGAACCUGGUGCUUCAAUGCGACAAUAACAGUGAAGACAACCUAUGAGCUAGUUACCACAGAUAAAGGACUCUUCAACCACACCAGACUGCUGCACUCUGUGGUAACUGGUGCUCUGGGAACUGAUGAAAUUUCUGUGCAUCAUGUCUGGUCAUGGUCAGCAGGGACCUUCACCACCUCGUCCUCACUGCUGGUUUGUUCUUCUAAAGUUAUCUUACUAGAAGACAUCUCUACAAAACUGUAUCGACUGGCAAACAUUGAGGAAGUGACUAAUGUGAUGGUGCAAGAUGUGGAUGAAUGUUCAGCUCCGCAGUUGAACAGUUGUUCUCAAGAUGCAAACUGUACGAAUACAAUAGGGUCUUAUUCAUGCAUUUGCCAUCACGGAUAUCACGACCUCAAUCCUUCAAAGCCAGGAACAGUUUGCAAGGCCCCUAGUGUCACUACACAAGCUUGCAUGAACACCACCCCUCCACCCUGGACUACAAACUCACUGACAGAUAAUAAAAAUGAAGAGGGACAAAUGAGUACCGUCACCUUGGGACCAGCCUGGACAACCACCAACCGCCAAACAUCUUCUACAUGUGACUACACACCUGAAAUCAUGAGCAUCCUCUCUUAUAAUGUCACUGGAUCAGUCUUCCAUGUGGAAUGGACCACCAACAUCCAGAAUGGGGUCACCUUCCACCUUGUUCUGCUAAAUGAGACCAAUGAGAUACAAAACCUGACAGUGGUGAGCUAUAACUGGACAUUCACAGACUUGAGUCCUGCAAUUCUUUAUACUGUACGAGUCACUCCAGCUGCCUGUGGUAACGAGGGAACAACCAAGGAGAUCAAAGUGAGGACAGAUGGACAGUCUCUUACAGCUUCAGCCCGUUUGAAAGGCGUGAAUUAUACAGACGAUUUGAGAGACCCAACCAGUGAUGCAUAUAAGAAGUUUUGUGACGGUGUCAUAAAUGAGAUUAUUCAGUCCUUGUAUUCAGAGAUCCAUGCACUAGUCACCUCUGGUCAGGUCAUCAUCCAGAUAACAUCCCUUUCACCUGGCAGCAUAAUCGUAAAUUUUUCCAUCAUAUUUCAACCUGGCAGCAACUUGAACAUUUCUAGCGUGUCCAGUGCUCUGAUGGAGUCCCUUCAGAACAGCACAUAUGAUGUAGACAGUAGCAGUAUAUACAUAGCAGAUUCAGAUGAGUGUUUUCAGAAUGAGACAGACUGCUCUCCAUGGGCUUACUGUAUAAACACUUUUGGCUCGUACAUCUGUGACUGUUGGUCUGGAUACACAGACUCGAACCCCAGAAGACAAGGGCGCAGCUGUGCAGCUUCAACACAGAGCAUUCAUCCCACCACAAACUACCCUGGAGUAUCUUCGGGUUCCACUGCCACGGCCACUACAACAUCUUCAAUCACAAACCCAUCUAUUAGCAGUACAGUGAGCACAACUCAUGUUAAGAGCAACUCCACAACAACAGUGUCUUCAACUUCCACAGCUACUAACGGACGCACAACAGUGCCGAUCAGUACUCCUACAAUGACACUCACACCAACGACACAGAACUCUGUCAGAACAGCAACUCGGGCAUCAAACACUACUGGCCAUUUGAUCUCCUAUGUAUCUGUUGAAUGCAGCCCGGGCUAUGUAACAGUCAACAUAAGGCGAGACGUCUUGAAAGACAAUAACAUCCCAGAGAGUUCCCUGUACCUUGGAAAACCAGACUGUGGUCUCAGUGGGGCAGAUAAUACUUACGUGUGGCUCACUACAUCUUGGAAAAUGUGUGGUACUACAUUCGCGAAUAACGGCACCCAUAAUUUCGCUAAUGUGACACUAUACAAUAACGUGAGCGGUUUAUCUUCUUUGCGUCUGGAAGUUCCUGUCAUUUGCACUUACCCCAGUCGCUUCUUCAUCUCCACGGGAUACGCCCCCUCAGGGUAUUUUGAUAUAAUCAAUGACCCAGUGGCAGGAUCGGGUAGUUUCCAGGUUAUUUUGCGCCUGCUGAAUGGGACAUUUCCUUUACCUGACGAUUACAUCUUCUCCCCUGAAGAAGAGGUUUUUUUGGAGGUUGAGGUCAACACAACUAUCUCCCAAGUCAAUGUUAUCAUCGACACGUGCUGGGCCACUUCCAGCAAUGACUCAACAAAGCCUCCCCAGGAUUUUUUUAUGGAAAAGGGAUGUCCGGCGUCAAACGCAUACACAACUGUUCUUCAGAAUGGAAACGGCACUGUGUCUUUGCUCUCAGUGCAGAUAUUCAAAUUUGUGAAACAGUACAUCAUCUACCUGCACUGCCAGAUCCAGAUCUGCGUCGAAAUUCAGCAAGGCUCCUGCAGAUCUGGUUGUACAGGUAUAAUGACAUACAGGUCUUCCAACUUACUUGGAGUGACAAAGGCUUCCAUUGGACCCUUAAAGAGAUCUCCUACAAUCCAGAGAGCUGCAUCAAAUACCCUGCAAACUAUUGGAUUUGUUCUGCUUGGCAUUGGUGUGUUUCUGUUGUCCCUCGCUGUCAUUGCAGGAUUGGCGUAUCACAAAAGAAAAAUCGGCAACUACAACUUCCGUUUUAAACCACAGCAGCAGAACUUCACCUAUCAUGUUUUUGACACAUAACUGUAUGCAAAUAAUUAACUGUAGCUAUAAACUGAUCAUUAUUAUUGGAUAUUACCAAUAGGCCCAAUAUAUAGACAAACAAAUUAACUGUCAUUACUGGAAUUCAUGGAUUUGACUAUAUUUUUGUACUAAAAACAAUCUACUAUAAAAGCUAUUCUUUUUUUUUCUUCUUCUUCUUUUUUAAAUAGAUAAUAGAUUUUUUUAUAUAGCUACAGAUUUUUGUGUGUGGCUGUAUGUUUUUUUAUGUAAAGGAAUUAUGAUAUCUUUGUUUUAUAAUUUGCACACAUUCCCUUAAGAAAAAUUACCAUGGUUUUAUUGUAGGAAAAGUGCAGUAACCAUGUUUUUUGGCAUAUUAAUUACCAUUUGUAUACUUUUACAACAAAAAAACAUGGUUAAACUAUGGUUAGUGUAGCAAAACCAUGGCUAAUUUAUGGUUACCAUGAUUUAACUAUAGUAACCAUAGUUUUUCAGAUUUAUUUGUGGUAAAACCAUGGUUAAUUUUCGUAAGGGUUCACUUUUAUGCGUGUAACUGAUAUGUAGAAAACGCUAAGUGUUCUUUGUCCAUCAUAUCAGUUACACAUAAAACUCCGACAUUUUCAACGGCGAAAUUUGACGAAAAUUAUAUCGAGUAGUUUGCAUCACUGGAUAUUAUUGUUGGUCGUUUAACACUUAUAUAGUGAAAGCGUUAUGAAAUAUUAAAUGUUAAGCUGCUUACAUCUUACCUCGCAUUCUUUCGCCGUUAAAAACUGAAGAGUGGCGCGGGAAUUUCCCGCCCUCUUAGAUUUGAUUGGCCAUCUCAGUCAUUUUGACAUUGACGAGCGUUGUUAGACCGCUGAGGCAGAUCAGAUUGUCAUCAUAGCAAUUCACAUAUGCAUCAAUCAACAAUAUAAUCUAAUAUAAUAUAUAUAUAUAUAUAUAUAUAUAUAUAUAUACACACACACACAUAUUAUUUGGGAGGUUCGUCCUCCUCAACGUCUUUUGUGGCAUAUAUAUUUAAAAUGGUUGAAUAUGUUAUCUAAAUGUCGUUUAAUAAAAUUGCACAAUGAAACUAUAUCAAAUACACAGCUUUUCCAGUAAAUAUAUGCCACUUUCUUAAAUACCCCACUAGAGGACGUUGUUGUAUUAGCUGUACAAUUUGAUACCAGCUUUGGUCUGUUGUCUGUAUGUGCUUUACAUUUAA